ACAGAGGAGGUUUUCUCCUUGCCCUUUGAAGAUUUGCGUAAAACCUUAAACCUCUAAAGGCCUAAAGGCAGAUUAAUAGGAGAAAGGCAUACACAUUUUAUCAACACUCGUGAGGGGGAUCACAGAGUGAUUACCCCAACCCUCCACUGGGCUACAGAAGCUUACAUGCCUUUUUCACAGGGCAGGGAGGAGAUGGGGAAUUUAGACAAUUCUUUUGAGUGGCAGGAAAUAAUGAUUAGGGAGAGUGAAUGGACCACUGAUUCUGGAAUUAACUUGUAAAUGAUUCUCUUUGGAAUUUGAAUGUGCCUGAAACGCAGGCCUUAUCUUGUGAAAAAGUCUGUCCAGAUGUGGUUCCAGAGUGUCCCUCUCUGCACUUGUAGGGUGUGUGGGGUGGUGGGGAAGGGAGAGAAGGUAGAGGGACCUUGAUUCUGAGGCUUAUUUCUGAGGCCUUUUAAUUUUCAAAAGCACUCAGCAUGCCCAAGCACCAUAUUUUGGGGAAUUGUUUUCUGCACCCCAACAGAUGAAAAACAGAUUUCAGGAAGGAGAAGAUGUGGGCCAGAGGUGGGAGAGGGGAAACGAUGGUUCCUUGUGGCUUCUUACUCAAGGCUCAGUGGGCGCUGUGGCCAGUGGCUGGGCAGCUGGCUAGACGGCAGCAGGUGCAUCCGCCUUCCCCACAGGAGAAUGAGGAGGAUAUGGAGGUGGCAGAAACCUCAAAGGUCGCCGCCCCACUCUCCAUUUCCAACAGGUCCCUCAUGGUCCAGUUUCAGAAUAUCUCCUCCCUCCUAAAGCAUCCUCUUCAGUAACUUCACUUGCCUAGUAUAUGCCAUCACUUCCUCUGCUCUGGACUAAGCUCAACCUGGUAGUACCGACAAACCCAACCGCUAGGUGUUCUCUAACCUCUUACGCGCGUGCGUGUCCUUUUUGCAGAGGGCGGGAAGGGGAGGCCCUGGUGUGCCUACUUCCUGGUGCCUCCUGGCACCUACCUGGCUUGCAAAGCUCAGCUCUGGUCCCUUCCUGCAAGAUGCAGGAAAAGCCACCGGACUCCCCGGUCCCCCGCAAGCUUUCCCUUAGGCCGGGCUGGGGGCCUUUCUACUUGUGAACCCUUCAGCAGCGCUUUUAAACACAGCGUUGGAGUGGUCUCUUGAAGCGUCUGAUUCGCCUCCAGGAUUGAGGACAGGCAGCAGGGGUUUGGCAUCUUUGCACCCUCAAAGUGCUCUAAGAAUGGUUGAGGAUGGCUUUGGUGGCCGGCAGCGCCCUCCUCCCGCAGCAGAGAGACGUUCUACUCGGGACUCUGAGCCUUUCCCAGCGUCUCUGGGGAAGAGCGGGGAGUAUCGCCCUGGAUCUGCGGACCAGCCCGGGCCAAGCGGCGUGGGGCGCAGCUCUACCCAGCUCUCCGCCGCCCUCUACCGGCGCCGAGGGAGUGCCACAGCUGCGCGGCGGACGGGAAGGCCCCCGAGCCGCACAGAGCGCACGCGCGAGCGCACGCCGGCGUCCCCCGAGCCGCUUGCCGUUCGGCGCCUGCGCACGGAGAGCGUGCGGCUCCGAGGACCGAAGAGACAGGACAUGACACAAGUGGCACAUCACGGCCAUGGGAUCUCAGCAUUCCACCUGUGGUCACCCCUCCUCCUUCAGGCAAAAGAAAGAAGAUGACAGGGAAGAUUUCCUGGCUGAACGAGAGCAGGAAGAAGCCAUUGCUCAGUUCCCAUAUGUGGAGUUCACCGGGAGAGAUAGCAUCACCUGUCUCACGUGCCAAGGGACAGGCUACAUUCCAACAGAGCAAGUAAAUGAGUUGGUGGCUUUGAUCCCACACAGUGAUCAGAGAUUGCGCCCUCAGAGAACUAAGCAGUAUGUCCUCCUGUCCAUCCUGCUCUGUCUCCUGGCAUCCGGUUUGGUGGUUUUCUUCCUGUUUCCACACUCAGUCCUUGUGGAUGAUGAUGGCAUCAAAGUUGUGAAAGUCACAUUUAAUAAAAAGGACUCGCUUGUAAUCCUUGCAAUCACGGCCACCUUGAAAAUCAAGAACUCCAACUUCUAUUCUGUGGCAGUGACCAGCCUGUCCAGCCAGAUUCAGUACAUGAACACAGUGGUUGGCACAUAUGUGACUACUAAUGUCUCCCUCAUUCCACCUCGGAGUGAGCAGCUGGUGAAUUUUACCGGGAAGGCUGAGAUGGGAGGACCAUAUUCCUAUGUAUACUUCUUCUGCACAUUACCGGAUAUCCUGGUGCACAACAUAGUGAUCUUCAUGCGGUUAUCAAACCAGAGCAACAUGGAGAUAGGAUCGUUAGUGCAGCUGUGGACUAUUACCGUGUCUCAUCUGCACAGAAGUGGCAGCAGAGAGGGACCAUCUGAAUACAGAAAAGAAGAAAGCACAGACCUAUUCAAAAUGUGAAUUUUUUUCAUCUGUUCCCAAAUGCUUGGGAACUUUUAAAAAAAGAAAAAAAAAUGAGAUUUUUUUGGUUUGUUUUUGUAGAAAGUUGCAAUUGUUUUUACCAAGAAUCUAUGUGAGGCUUGACUUACCCUUCAUUCACUGGCUGGAACAUGGAUUGGGGAUUUGAUAGAAAAAUAAACCCUGCUUUUGAUUCA